AUGCUGAGGAUCAUCCCCCGAAUAUACCAAUCACUACCAGCGUUGACGCCAGAGUUCAAUGGAGCUUCGUCUACCGCAGCUACCAUAUUAUUACAUAGACACUACAGCACUCCCGGGCAACCCAUCACUGACCUUGUAGAUUCAGCCUCACAGUCAAUAUCAGUGUCUGGUCCAGGCUCGAUAUCCCUUGCUCAUCCGAAAGACCCGAGGUCCGGACAUGGAUAUUCCGACCUCAAUUCUCCCCCUCCGUCUGAGACCGACUCGUCUCCCCCGGCGACCCUUUCGGGUCCACCUGCACGCACUUAUCAGCCAGACCCUCGACAGUCAUAUACAGCCCCUCCGUUCCACACACAUGCCUUUGUUGCCGCGCUCGAGAAGUCAUUCCCCACGCCCACAGCGCGGAGUCUCAUGAGGGCCACGCGUGCUUUGCUCGUGGACAGAAUAGGUCGCGUGAGGCGAGAAGGCCUCACAGUCAAAGACUUGGAUAACCAAGCAUAUUUAUUCCGUGCAGCACUAUCUGAGCUACGUGCAGAGCAAACUGCAAGGUCUCGUAAUGAAAGCGCAGCAAUACGCUCUGCGACGGCUGCAUUGCGCCGAGAGGUCGAUCGUCUGGAUGUGAAGAUGAAAGAAGACCUUGGCACUUUGAAACAUGAGAUCCAGAUGGAGCUUGACACUCGCAAGAACGAGUCAAAGGCACAGCUGAAACAGCAGACCAUUGCAAUUGAGGAAGUCUUGAAUAAGGCGAUCAUAACACUCAGUGACCUCCGUGCAAACAUGGAAGAGGUCAAAUGGAAUAACAUGCGGAAGGCUGUUGCUUCACUGAGCGCAUUUGUUCUGCUGACCGUUAUCAGCAUGGAGUUAUAUCAGAUCACCAAACCGAAGCCUCCGCCGCCGCCACCCCUUGCUGUGCUGAAAGAAAGACUGCCUCCGUGA